AUGGCUGCCAACGGCAAUGGCGAGUCCAACGGCUAUGCCACCGGCACCGGCACCGAGAAAAUCAACACCGAAAUCGUCACCCUCACACGUUUCCUGACCGAAGAGCAGACGAAACACAAGGAAGCCACCGGUGACUUCACGCUAUUAUGCCACGCUCUCCAGUUCUCCUUCAAGUCCAUCGCCUACUACAUCCGCCGAGCCACCUUGAUCAACCUGACCGGUCUGGCCGGCUCGUCCAACACAACGGGUGACGACCAGAAGAAGUUGGACGUCAUUGGAAACGAUCUGUUUGUUGCGGCCAUGCGAGGCUCCGGAAAAUGCAGAGCCCUCGUCUCGGAAGAGGAGGAUGAGAUCAUAUACUUUGAUGAGAGCCCGAAUGCGAGAUACGUAGUCGCCUGCGACCCCAUCGAUGGCUCGAGUAACCUCGACGCCGGUGUGAGUGUGGGCACGAUCUUCGGUAUCAUGAAACUGCCGGAAAAUGUGGUCGGAAACAAGCCCAAGCCAGAGGAUCUGUUGAUGCCAGGAACAGAGUUGAUUGCUGCCGGAUUCACCAUGUACGGCGCCUCGGCCCAACUAGUCAUCACCAUGAAGGGCGGCUCUGUCAACGGCUUCACCUUGGACAACGCUCUAGGUGAAUUCAUCCUCACACACCCCGACAUGCGUAUCCCCAGCAAACGCGCCAUCUACUCGGUCAACGAAGGAAACAGCUUGUACUGGGACGACAAGACGAAAGCAUACUUCGAGUCUCUGAAAUUCCCCGCGAAAGAAGGGGGCAAGCCCUAUUCGUCACGGUACAUCGGGUCAAUGGUCGCAGACGCAUACCGUACGCUCCUGUACGGCGGUAUCUUUGCGUACCCGGCCGACAAGAAGAGCCCCAAGGGCAAGUUGAGAAUCUUGUACGAGUGCGCGCCCAUGGCCAUGGUCAUGGAGAACGCAGGCGGCAAGGCUGUCAACUCGAAGAUGGAAAGGAUGCUGGAGGUCAAGCCUACGAGCAUCCACGACCGAUCGGGCAUCUUCAUGGGUAGUCCCGAGGAGAUGGACAAGGUCCUUGCGGCGCACAAGUAG